AGAUCAACGUUUAUUUUUCCAGCUGUCAAAUGUUUGCAGCACCGCGACUUACAGACUGCUGCUACUCAUGUGGCCUGCAGGGGGAGGUGUUGUGCAGCUUUAAAUGUUUUAUAACAUGUCCCUUUGUUGUCCGGGUUUAAAGGAGACCAAUUUUGGUAGCGGGGCGCAAACAAAUGAGACAUUGAACUCCUGAAAUUGAGACUAAUUAAGCGAUUUGUUUUAUAACGGAACAGAAAAAGUAAUAUAAACUAUAAAAGGUGCCUAAAAAUCGUCAUUUGGGUUUUUACAAUAACUCCGUUAAGAAAAAAAAUCAUAAAUUUGCGCAUGCGUUGAUUUCAUUUCACGCGUCUAAAUUCUUUAAAGAUUUUUUUCUCCUAUUGUUUCCAUUUUUGUUUCAAAUUUUACAUUUCAACCAUGAACUCAACGUGUUUUCUCCACAAACACUGUGACGAAAUUUCCCCUUAUUUUUGUCUUGCAGGCAAAUGUUUACACAAUUUUGGCUGCCUUUGACCCAGCUCGGCGUUUACAGUUCUGUAUUAUACGGUUGCCUGCAAGUCUACAAACUGGGAAAAGUGCCAUAUGGUUGAACUAAUCGGUCAGUCUGUCAAGCAGACCCCACGGUUGUUUUUAACGCGUUGUCACCGUCAGGAUUCUUGUUUUUAACCGUUUUGAAGGUCGUCGUGUCUACAGAAAAACGUGCAUCUUUAUGUUCAGCCAAAAGUCAGUUCUGCAGACUCCUGGACCGGACGUGAACCUGCUCCGCGUUUCCUCCCAUCAUGAUGCUCCAGCUGGGUUUGGUUCUCAGCCUCCUGACCCACGCGGUGUCCAUCCCUGACCCCAGGCAGAGGGAGGCUCUCAUCCAGCUGGAGUCCUCCAUGCAGACCGGUGGGCAGAUGGUCCUGACUGAUGCCGAGCAGGAGCUGGAUGUCCGCCUCUUCAAAAUGAAGCAGGGGGAGAUGGCGAGGGCCGCCUUUCCUCCCGCCAUGCAUUUCUUCAGGGCCAGAGACCUCAUCAGGAGGAGUCCCAUCUUCAGUCUGCUGCAGAAGAUGCCCAAAGGUGGAGCUCUUCAUGUCCACGACUUCUCCAUGGUGGAUGUGGAUUGGUUGGUGAAAAAUGUGACCUAUCGGCCGCACUGCUAUGUGUGCUACACCGACGAUCAGUCCAUCCGAUUCCUCUUCUCGUCUCGGGGACCCGAACCGCUCCCACGCUGCUCAACGUGGAUUCUGCUGGAAGAGCUCCGCGCCAAGAUGAUCAACUCCACAGACCUGGACAACAGCAUCAAGCGAAACCUGACGCUCUUCACUGAGCAGGAUCCAGAGGUGGCGUAUCCCAGUCAGGACGUGGUGUGGCGCCGCUUUGAGCAGACCUUCUUGGCCGUCUGGGGGCUGGUCACUUACGCGCCGGUCUUCAGGGACUAUUACUACGAGGGCCUCACUCAGUUCUACCUGGAUAACGUCAUGUACCUGGAGCUGCGCGCUCUCCUCCCAGAGGUAUACGAGCUGGACGGCAGCACCCACGACAGAGCCUGGACCCUGAAGACCUACCGGGACGUCACCAAACGGUUCAAAGCCCAACACCCAGACUUUUUUGGAGCUAGAAUCAUCUUCACAGUCCACAGAGGAGUGAAUCUGUCGGUGAUGACCGAAGCCAUAGAGGAGGCCAUGAAGCUGCAGAGCAGCUUCCCCGAUACUUUGGCCGGGUUUGACCUGGUGGGCCGGGAGGACAGCGGCAGACCGCUGUGGUAUUUCCGAGAGGCUCUGUCACUGCCUGCAGAGAGGGGGGUCGAGCUUCCUUUCUUCUUCCAUGCUGGGGAGACAGAUCUUGAAGGCACAGAUGUGGAUCAGAACCUUUUGGACGCUCUGCUCCUGAACACGUCCCGCAUCGGGCACGGGUUCGCUCUGGUUCGUCAUCCUGUAGCCAAGGAUCUGUCCAGGAAGAGGGGCGUGGCCGUGGAAGUGUGCCCCGUCUCCAACCAGGUGUUAAAGCUGGUGAAAGAUCUGCGGAACCAUCCGGCAGCGGCGCUGAUGUCAGAGAACCACCCGGUGGUCAUCAGCUCCGAUGAUCCCGCCCUGUUCGGCGCCGCUGGCCUCUCUUAUGACUUCUAUGAAGCUUUCGUGGGCUUAGGAGGCAUCAAGUCCAACAUCGCGUCCCUCAAACAGUUGGCAAUGAAUUCUUUAAGGUACAGUUCUUUAAGCCAAAGGCAGAAGACUGAGGCUCUGGUUCUGUGGCAGAGAAGAUGGGAUAAGUUUGUGUCUGAACAUGUUUACCAAAGCUGAAAACACAGUUUUACCUGUGUGUGAAGAAACCAGCAGCACAGCGGAAUAAAUCCUCUUUUAUUAUGAUGAGCUUCCUGAUCUGAGCUGACAGAGGGGGGGAUUGGUGAGAUGUUUGUGGUUGAAUACUUCUACAAAGCUAACAUGGAAAGACUGUGAAGCAACAAGGAAGACGUUUUAGGAGGAAAACGGAUGAAAACAGACAGAAAAAGGAAACAUGUUUUCUUCAGAAAAUGGAAAUGCCAUUAAAUGUUUUCUUCCGUUUUUUGCGCAGAGGGAGUUUUUUGGGGAUGUUUUAGGUUGUUGCACUUCCUGUUCAGUUGUGUGCGUUUGAGUGAUAUAUGUCAGGGCUACUUAAAGCUUUGUGUUGUCAUUAUGGUUGUGUAUUUUUCCUGCUAGCUUUGUGUUUGCUGGUUUUGUGGCAAAUUAUUUGUCAAACUGUAUUUUGUGGAAAUGAACAACUGUGGCUGUGAUGCAGACGACCUUAGGAGGAAUUUGAAUAAUAAUAAAAAAA